AUGGUGAAGAGAGAAGAGAGCUGGCAAAAAAGAGUGGAUAAGGAAAUUGAGAAAAGGCGAAGAAUUGAGGAAAGCUACAAAUCAGCCUUGAAUGAAUUUAUGAAAAAGUCACAUUUUGGAGGACCAGACUUUGAGGAAGGCCCAAACAGCCUCAUCAACGAAGACGAGUUCUUUGAUGCCGUUGAAGCUGCUCUCGACCGACAAGACAAAAUUGAGGAGCAGACGGAGAAGACCAGGAUUCAGAGACCCAGCCCUGUCCCGACUCCAAACAUCUACUCAAGCUCUGGAUCCCACCGUUUCUCCGACAAGUCUGUGGUUGAACGAGUAACCCCUGACUGCAGUCCGCAGAUCGGGGCGGAGCUCAACGUGGGCGGAGUCAAACGUUUGACUCCGCCCACGUUGAGCUCCGCCGAGCGGGAGCUAGGCAUUGAGGACUGUGCGUAUGACAGAGAAGGAGAAGAAGCAGAGGAGAAGAAGAGCGAAGUAGCUGGCAGAAUGGAGGUACUGUAG